AUGACCAUCACUCACAUUAACAAUCUCGACCAACUCAACAAACUAAUCUCACUGCACAAGAACACUAUCAUCGUAAUCGACUUCCAUGCACAAUGGUGUGGACCUUGUCAUGCAAUCGCCGAUUUUUAUUCAUCACUGGCCAAUUCCAACAAAUCACUAACUUUUACGAAAUGUGAUGUUGACCAAGCAGCAGACGUUGCCAAAAAUUACCAAGUGACCGCCAUGCCUACAUUCAUCUUCCUGAAAGCGGGGGUGAAGGUCGAUCAAGUCAGAGGAGCCGACAGAGCCGGCUUGGAAAAACUAGUGAAAAAGUAUGCCGGACAAUCGUCAAUUCCAAGUGGUUCAACCUUCCAAGGGGCUGGCCAUAAAUUAGGCACCUCGUCAUCAUCAUCUGCUACCACUAGCACCUCCACAGCUGCGCGCACGGCUCCGAAUGUCCAAGCCAUUAAUACCCAGACUUUGUUUGACCGAUGGAACCAGUUAUCCGAUUAUCAUAAAUUGGGCAUCAUCUUAUUUUCUGUUUAUCUCUUCUCAGUCUACAACUCCUCAUAG